AUGUUUGGCAAGGCGGCGGCGCUGGUGACGGUGGCGGCGGCGGCGGCGGCGGCGGCGGCGGCGGGCAGGGGGAGGAAGGCUUCAGCCCCCGCCGGGCUGGCCCAGGCCCGGGCUACCCCCGUGCGGCUCGAUGGGCCACUGGGCGGCGGCGGCGGCGGCGGCAUGGAGCCCGCGCUGAGUUGCAAGAGGAGCCCCAGCCUGCGCUUGCACGUGGCGGCGGCGGCGGCGGCGAUCAAGCUCAGCCCGGCUAGCCCCGAAGCGACUUUUGCCGCGGCCGCCUCUUUGCAAUCCGCCGGGAGCGGACGUGGCGCCAACGGCGCGGCUCCCGCCUCGGCUAGUCAGCCUUACACGGCGGCGGGCAGGGAGCUGGCCCUGCGGCGGGAGGCGGGCGUGCGGGGGGAUCCGCCGCAGCUGCACCAGCCCCCGGCGGCCGCCAGCUCGCCCAUGUUCAUCUCCUCGGCCGGCACCUACGGCGCUGGGGGGGACCUUCAUGCCGCCGUCUUCCCGGGCCUGCACGAGCACCCCGCCGGGACCUCCGCUGGGCACCACUCGCUCAACGGCCAGAUGCGCUUGGGGCUGGCCGUGGCCGCCGCCGCCGCCGCCGCCGCGGAGUUUUAUGGGCGCAUCGAGCCCUUCCGCCCUUCGGCCGCCGUCGCCGCUGGCUCCGAAGCGUCCUACGGCCCUGCGCCGCACGGCUAUCCGGUCAACUUGGCGGCGGCUGCAGCCGCUUCCGCCGCCGCCUUCCUGCGCUACAUGCGGCAGCCCAUUAAGCAAGAACUGAUCUGCAAGUGGCUGGAGGCCGAGGCGGGCGGCGGCGGCGGCGCGCCCCCCUGCUCCAAGACCUACAGCACCAUGCACGAGCUGGUCAACCACGUCACGGUGGAGCACGUCGGGGGGCCCGAGCAGAGCAGCCACGUGUGUUUCUGGGAGGAGUGUCCCCGCCAAGGGAAGCCCUUCAAGGCCAAGUACAAGCUGAUCAACCACAUCCGCGUGCACACGGGCGAGAAGCCUUUCCCCUGCCCCUUCCCGGGGUGCGGCAAGGUCUUCGCCCGCUCCGAGAACCUCAAGAUCCACAAGCGGACUCAUACAGGGGAGAAGCCUUUUAAAUGCGAGUUUGAUGGCUGCGACAGGAAGUUUGCCAAUAGCAGUGACAGAAAGAAACACUCCCAUGUCCACACCAGCGACAAGCCAUACUUCUGCAAAGUCAGAGGCUGUGAUAAGUCCUACACACACCCCAGCUCUUUGCGAAAACACAUGAAGAUCCACUGCAAAUCCCCACCACCGUCUCCUACCCCAGGAUCUCACGGGUACCAGCCUGUGGGGACAACCCUGGGUGCCCCUCUUUCCCCACUUCAGGACUCAGGAAGGGGUCAGCCAACCAGCCUUUCUCCUCAGGUCACCAAUCUCAAUGAAUGGUACGUUUGCCAGGCCACUGGGGUGGCCAACCACCUCCAUACCCCAUCCAGUAAUGACACCUCUUCUGAGGAGGAAGAGGAGGAGGAAGAGACUUACGGGAACUCGGAGUCAAGAACUAUUCAUUAG